UCAACAAAGUUAGAUGUGAAGUUUCGGCAAAGUUUCCCUUCUUCUGGUCUCAAGCGAUGACAUCAAACGGCGGUUACAGGAAAAUCUCCGGUGAUGACGACAACGAAGUCAGUUUUGCCUCUUCUCUUUUUUUUCGUUGGAUGAACGGAGUCCUUAAAGAGGGCAGUCAAAAAACUUUGGAUCAAAAUGACUUUUUACCCUUGUCCGACGAGAACUCUGGCCGUUUUGUAACCGACAAGCUUCGAAUAAGCUGGGAAAACAAGAAACGUCAUUGCAAGAUAAAUGGGAAAAGGCCUAAGCUCUGGAAAAGCGUGUUUGAUAUGCUUUCUGUCAAAGAUUUUAUCGUUAUUUUAACUGGGGAUAUAUUGUGUACAACUUCUCGCCUUCUGUUUCCACUGUUGCUCGGGUAUUUCGUUUCUAUGCUUAUGUCAGCUGAGGCAGAGAAUACUUACCUAACAUACGCCUGCCCAUUAGCUAUGUGUCUCAAUGGUUUGAUCGGUGGUCUUGGUAUGCACCAUAAAGGCUACAGAUGUGAAGUGUUGGGGAUCAAAAUAGGCAGCGCCCUGAGGGGACUGGUGUACCACAAGACGCUUCUUCUCAGCAAGCAGACGCUACUGGAAUUCACUGAAGGACGCUUAUAUGACCUGAUAUCUAAUGAUGUUAAGAGAAUGGAAGAAGAGACAGUCAAGUUUUUUUUCCUGACACCUUUCGGAAUCGUUUCGUAUGCUGGAACAAUAUUCCUUAUUUACACACUGAUUUGUUGGCAGGCUACAACAGGAGUGUUCCUCCUGUGUAUUCUCAUGCCAUACUUUGCCGUCUUGUCCUAUGCUAAUGCUGGGCUACGCUUGCGCACAGCUACAGUGUCGGAUCAGCGAAUCUCACUAAUGAAUCAAGUAGUUUCCGGAAUCCGCGCGGUCAAAACGCAUGCGUGGGAGGACGAAUAUCGGCGAAAAACAAAAGACAUACGAAGAAAUGAAAUCAGCGUCAUUUCGAAGAGGACAACCAUUCAGUCAAGUAUCGAUGCCUUGUUAUACAGUGCAACGCCAUUAGCUACUCUGGUGUCAGUAAUUACUAUGGUGCUCACAGGCCAGACCCUCACACCUGCUAAUGUUUUUAUGCUGCUGUCGUUUAUGGGUUUCAUAAAACUUGCUGGCAUGUCGAAUAUGAUAGACGGUUUCAUGGUAACAUAUGACGCAUACGUUUCACUUGAAAGAAUCGAAGAAUUUCUUCUUUUAGAAAACUUAUCGGAAGCCUCGGAGGGUGAUAAAAAUAAGAAACACCAACAAAAGGUGGAGAGUACCUCUACUAAACAAAGUAGCGGCAACUCGAAAAAAGAAGCCGAAAAUAUGAACAACAUUUCACUCUCUUGUGAAGCAACAGAAUUAGGACCAACCAAUCUAUGUGUGUCAAAGUUAACCUGCGCAAAGAACCAGCGUGGAGAUGAAUUCAUUCUUCAGGAUAUCAACUUUGUUGCACCUUCAAAGAGUUUAACAAUUAUCACCGGCCCAGUUGGAAGUGGUAAAUCUACUCUGCUCUCAACGAUCGCUGGUGAAAUUUCCAACAGUAGUGGGACGAUUUUUCAUCGAGGCAAUGUCAUUUACUUGCCUCAGACUGCUUGGGUGUUUUCAGGGACGAUUAAAGAAAACAUCCUGUUUGGCCAGACCUACGAGGAGUCCAAGUACGAAAGAAUAAUCGACGUCUGCGCUCUGAAAGAAGACUUUGAGCGAUUACCUCAUGGUGACCAAACAGUUGUUGGAGAACGCGGCGAGGUUCUGAGUGGAGGACAACAGGCAAGAGUAAGUUUAGCUCGUGCAGUUUAUGCAGAAGGAGAGUUUUAUCUAUUAGAUGAUCCACUAAAUGCUGUCGAUUUUAAAGUCGGCCAACACAUCUUUAACAAGUGCAUCAAAGAUCUACUGGCUGAUAAAAUCGUUUUGUUAACCUCUCAUCAGCAACAGCACAUGGAAAAUGCUGAUGAAGUGAUUGUGUUGUACAAAGGGCGUGUCCUGGACAAUGGACGCUAUAUUGAGCUGCGCGAGAAAGGUGUAAUCAGUUCAACUAUUGACCCGCUUUAUAAAGCAGCUCUGAAAGACAAAACAGAAUCAUUAGAGAUGUUUGCCUGGGAGGAUACUGAGACACACGAUGCUGAAAAAUGCCAGAAAACACAUCCUCUGCCUAAUGAAGCGAAGAGUUUGGAGAUAGCAAAGGAGGAUCUUACAAUCGGAGUUGUGACAUGCAAGCUUUAUUGGGACUACUUCAGAAGUGGAGCACAUCCUUUGAUGAUAACUGGAAUGGUUGGUUUAAGUCUCAUUACUCAAGCCGUCAUAGUUGCACCGGACUUUUGGCUCUCCUUUCUCGCAAGGUUAACCCCAGAGGAUCAGAGGAACAAAACUUUUCUUUCUGUCUUCGCCUGUCUGGUUGGUGCGUGUUUUAUAUUUACUAUCAUUCGGGCUUAUGGAUUCCUCUUACUUUGUCUAAAAAGCGCCAAGCGUCUCCACAAUAAAAUGGUUGUGGCCAUUUUACAAGCACCUGUUCUGUUCUUUGAUUCAAAUCCUGUGGGAAGAAUCCUAAAUCGCUUCUCGAAUGAUAUUGGCUGCGUGGAUGAGUUGUUACCCAAAACAUUCCUGGCAGCAAUGCAGAUGCUCUUGCUGAUAUUUUUCCAAAUUCUGGUUACAGUUGCCACAAAUGUUUGGCUCGUUUUUGUUGUUUUUCCAAUUUCCGUGCUGGUCGUUUUUUUAUCCAAUCAUUACUUGAAAACGGCCAGACAACUGAAGAGGUUAGAGUCGAUAUCCCGCAGCCCAGUGUUCGCUCACUUUUCGGAGACUCUGGUUGGACUGGACACGAUUCGUACAAGAGGAAGACAGACAGAUUUUUUGCAGACACUGUACAGAUAUCAAGAUGUUCAUAAUCAGGCAUACCUUAUGGUGAUGGCCAGCGGUAGAUGGCUCGGUACACGUUUGGAUUGUCUCGCUUCCCUGUUAGUCGGUGCAGUUGCUCUGGCUGCAGUCUUGGUAUCUCAAGAUGCCGGUUAUGCUGGUCUUGCUCUUGUUUACGUCAUCCAAACUCUGAACAGGACUCAAUACGCAGUUAGAAAAACCUCUGAAGUAGAAACCUACAUGACGUCAGUUGAGCGAGUUAUGACCUACACCAAACUCGAACGGGAGCCUGGAUACGAGGAGGAGCGACAACCUCAAAAAGAUUGGCCUCGUAGAGGAAGUAUUGUAUUCAGAGAUGUAUCUCUGACUUACUAUCCGGGAGGACCUCAAGUGCUGAAGAAAAUGAAUCUUAGCAUUAAAGGGGGAGAAAAGAUCGGAAUUGCUGGCCGCACGGGAGCUGGCAAGUCAUCUUUCGUAGCAGCUCUUAUGCGCAUGCCUGAUGCUGAUGGAGAGAUAAUCAUCGACGAUGUUCCAAUUAAAGAGAUAGGCCUCCAACAAGCCCGACGAGGUAUCUCGGUUCUUGGCCAAAGUCCCGUUCUUUUUAGUGGAUCAUUAAGAAAAAAUCUCGACAUUUUAGACAAGUUUCAAGACGCCGAAUUAUGGCAGGCUUUGGAGGAUGUGCAACUGAAAGAUUUUGUUGAGAGACUUGAGGCCAAGCUCGAUCACGAACUCCUGGAACAUGGCGCUAAUGUCAGUGUCGGAGAGCGGCAGUUAAUAUGCUUGGCUCGUGUGCUGCUACAGCGAAGUAAAAUCGUCGUCUUGGACGAGCCAACUGCGCAUGUAGACCCAGACACUGAGCAGACGAUAUGGAAUGUAGUGCGGGACAAACUGAAGGAGUCCACUGUCAUCACUAUAGCUCACCGUUUGAACACGAUAAGAGACUGCCAGAGGAUUUUGGUGUUAAAAGAUGGAAAAGUUGAAGGAUUUGACAAAUUUGAUUCAAUAAUGAACAAUAAGUGAGGUGCUCUCUAAGGCGAAAGACCUCGAUUGUCAAGUUAGAUCUGAUCCUGUAGAGGUAAAGAAAAAGUCUUUAAAUCUCUUGCAGGGCUCCUAUUCAGCACUUCGUUUAAAAGAAUGAGAUCUGCCGCUUAUUGUUCGGUUUUGGCUCCUAUAUUUUUUAGUGUUAAUGAAUUAGGGUUUAAAUAAUAGGAACCAUCACUAGGUGUAAUGUUACGUAAGAUGCAUGACAUGAGAGGUCCCAGAGCGUAAACCCAAAGAGCUAAGUUACAUGCAUGUUUAGGUUCUGGGUAUAUUGUGUAACUUUAGUUUAGUUAGUGAUUAUUGAAGUUCGGUCGGCCGUUUUAACGAAGGAUUGGCGUCACUUUUCGGCAUUAAGACACAACACUAUACACUCCUAAGCAUCAUGUUUCUAGGUGUCACGCGACGUCCAUUUUUCCGCGGGUCUCUUCAGUAAUUGAUCACAGAUAAAGUCAUUAUGUGGUGAGAACAAAAAAUGCGGCACGCUAAAAUCACUUCUUUCUCACCACACUCUGACGUCCUCUGUGAUCUAUUAUUGAGUUGACCCACUGUGACGUAGAAUACAUUUGUUUACGUUGGGACGAUAGGUUUUUCGGCCACAACUGAACGCUCGCAGGAUAGGUAACAACAACGGGGGAAAACUAGGUCGGUAGAGACAAAUUGGCAGCGGAAACGGAAACUCGUCACGUUUUCCUAGUACACGGAGAUCUACUUCAAGGGAGCUUGUACGUCUCUGAGGAUAACAGCGUUUGGUUCCAAAAUAGUUUAUUUUUAGGUCAUCCCAACAAGCAACAUGACCUUUAGCAUACACAACUUCGCAAUCGAAUGUUUAAUCGCAGGAUGUAAUCGCGGGAUGUAACUCGAAAAAGACUUGCAACGUACUUGCUCAAGUACGAACCGGUGUGAGGUUCUAUUGUGACACAAAUUACAAUAUUUGUAUAAGGACAUAAAAGGUUGGAAAAAAAAAGCCUCUUUGAAGUUUGGCGAUUCCCACUUAAAUACUUCAUCUGUUUCUACGGCUGAAAGAAUGUCAAAAUCAAGAAAGCGGAUACAGUAGAUUCUGGGCCAACCAAACUAAAGCGCGUGCCCUGAUUGGUCAAUUCAGUGUCCACCAUUUGCCUAUGGGUGUACGCUGCUGACGUGAGGAAAUGCAAAAACU